GGCCAGGCCGCGAGGUAGUGGUAUUCGGAAACUCUGGCUCGCCGUCGCCAUAGUGGAAAUGGCGGGUGUUAGCUUACGCGAAUGACGGCCGAUUCAGUCUCACGAAGAAGUUACUGCCGUCGAGAGUUGUAUUAAUCGCGUGAGCGUGUUGUAAAGGGUAAAGAUGCAGAAUGUAGUACAAGGCACGACUUCGGAUAGCCAGAAAAGUCACGAAAAGCAGCCCGCUACAUCGGCAGCGGUACCGCAAUCAUCGGCCGUUGCAUCGGGUAAUCACCACGAGACUGGGAAGACGUCGUCUACCCCGCAGUCUUCCAAUUCGAGCCCCACGAAGUCCGAGACUGAGACCUUCUCGGAACUGCAACCGCGCUUUAUGACAGACUCGUCGGAAAGUGAGGAAGACAGCGUUUCCGAGGUGGACUGCUUCGCAAUAGAUAAUAUUGAAGUUGACGGAGAUCAAUCCGAACCGUCGAAAUUUCUAUUGACACCUGAGGAUCCUGAGCGUUCCGUAGACCCAGAAACCCAGGCGCGUCUCGAAGCACUUCUUGAGGCUGCCGGUAUCGGGAAGUUGUCGUCGGGUGAUGGAAAACACUUGGCGGAUCACGAGGUGCUUCGUCGUUUAACAUCUAGUGUUUCAUGUGCAUUGGAUGAGGCUGCGGCAGCAUUAACACGUAUGCGCGACAAUCCACGUACGCCGAACGACAAGCGCGCUCUUGUCGAGGCGUGUACCGACGGUGACGUCGGUACCGUUCGGAAAUUGUUGACAGAGGGUCGCAGCGUUCACGAAACAACCGAAGAGGGUGAAAGUUUGCUUUCCCUGGCUUGCUCGGCCGGUUACUUUGAACUCGCCCAGGUGCUGUUAGCAAUGAGUGCCAAUGUAGAGGAUCGUGGCAUCAAAGGGGACUGUACCCCUUUGAUGGAAGCUGCUAGUGCAGGGCAUGUGGAGAUCGUGAGUUUGCUUAUCGCUCACGGUGCCGAUGUCAAUGCUCAGUCUACUUCGGGCAACACACCUCUCAUGUAUGGAUGUGCCGGCGGACACGUAGCUGUCGUGAAAGUCUUAUUGGAAGCUGGGGCCAAUGUGGAAGAUCAUAACGAAAACGGCCACACACCUUUGAUGGAAGCCGCGAGUGCCGGGCACGUUAAGGUUGCCAAGAUCUUGCUUGAGCACGGCGCCGGCAUCAAUACUCAUUCCAAUGAAUUUAAAGAAUCUGCAUUAACGUUGGCUUGUUAUAAAGGACACUUAGAAAUGGUUCGAUUCUUACUGGAGGCUGGCGCGGAUCAGGAACAUAAGACGGACGAGAUGCAUACAGCGUUAAUGGAAGCUUCCAUGGAUGGUCAUGUUGAAGUAGCACGUUUACUCUUAGACUCAGGUGCUCAAGUUAACAUGCCCACGGAUAGCUUUGAGUCACCUCUAACGUUAGCCGCAUGCGGUGGUCAUGUGGAUUUGGCCAUGCUGUUAAUUGAGCGUGGAGCGAACAUCGAGGAAGUAAAUGAUGAAGGCUACACGCCACUAAUGGAAGCAGCGCGAGAGGGUCAUGAAGAAAUGGUUGCUCUGCUGUUAGGUCAAGGUGCGAACAUCAAUGCUCAAACUGAGGAAACUCAGGAAACGGCACUCACCUUGGCUUGCUGCGGCGGAUUUAUGGAAGUGGCAGAUUUUUUAAUCAAGGCAGGAGCAGAUAUAGAACUUGGCGCGUCUACUCCGUUGAUGGAGGCGGCGCAAGAAGGUCAUUUAGAUCUUGUAAAAUACUUGUUAGAUGCCCAAGCUGAUGUUCACGCACAGACGCAAACGGGGGAUACAGCUUUGACGUAUGCCUGUGAAAAUGGCCAUACCGAUGUAGCUGAUCUUUUGUUACAAUUUGGUGCUGACCUUGAACAUGAAUCGGAGGGAGGUAGAACUCCUUUGAUGAAAGCUUGUCGUGCUGGCCAUCUAUGUACAGUUCAAUUCCUCAUUUCAAAACGUGCAGAAGUUAAUCGACAGACGACAAAUAACGAUCACACACCCCUUUCCUUAGCAUGUGCGGGAGGUCACCUCUCGGUAGUUGAAUUAUUGCUCUCACAAUCAGCAAAUCCGUUUCAUAAGUUGAAGGACAAUUCCACAAUGUUGAUAGAAGCCGCUAAAGGUGGUCACACUGCGGUUGUUCAACUAUUACUUGAUUAUCCGCAUAGUAUUCUAAUGAAUGCUCCUCAUAAUGCUGCAUCUGCACCUGUCUUAUUGCCACAACAACAACCGCAGCAGCAGCAGCAGCAACAACAACAACAACAACAACAACAACAACAGCAGCAGCAGCAGCAACAACAACAACAACAACAACAACAACAACAGCAGCAGCAGCAGCAACAACAACAACAACAACAACAACAUAUAAGUCAUCAGCAACACGUACCUCAUCCUCAGCAAACAUCCGCGCAACCGCAACAGCAUCCGCAGCCACAGCAACAGCAACAACCAACUGCCGAUCAACAACAAGUCCAAAAUCUCCAACCCAAACAUAACACGACCAAGUCGUUGUUGAGGAAAAACCGAUCAACGACUCUGAUGCAAGACAUAAGCCUUACCUCUGCCGAAGCGCAGCAGGUACGUUCCCAACCCGCAGGCGAAUCAGCCGCUACCACCAAGGAUGACACCAAUAUUCUCGAUAAAGGCAGCGGAGGAUUCGCGAGUUUGUCAGAACCCAAUAUUAGUCUUAGUCCAACGCCAACAGCGUCAACGCAAGGGUCCGAAAGCCGGAAAAAUAGACAAGAGCAAAUUCUUCAUAAGCAACAAAUACUCGAGGAGCUACAAAGGGUAGAACGAGAAUUACAAAUUAAAGGAGCGGGACAUUUAUUUUCUGGUCCGCGAAAUACACUAAUAAAUCAACCUCAGCAGCAACAACAGCAACAAGAUCCCAGUGAGACAGAGGCAUUAUUACCAAGCAUGUUGAACAUUGAUUUACCGGCCCAGACGUCUCCUCAUGGUUUAGUUUGUACAACUGGCAUGUCCGGCACCUCGUUGACGUAUCAAGGAACCAGUGACGUAGCGUUGGCCUGCAGCGCCUACCUUGAACACAAGAUAGGGGUGGGAGCUGUGCCGUUUGACGCUAUGAAAUCACUCACCGUAACCCCGACCGCGACGGAAACGUUUCCUACAAACACAUUUAGCUCUUCACCUCCUUUAUCCCUGGCGUUGCCUACAACUGUCAAUGCCGCUGCGAUUUCCACUGUCUCUACUUCAUCGGCGACCACGCCGAGUCCACCGAGCAUCUCCACUCCGCCGACCGUCAUAGCUGUCUCCCAAUCGCCGAUUACCGCGAGCAGUGAUGUCAGUCAGAAUACCGCAAUAAGCGAUCGCCCGAAAGCGAAGCCCGUGUCGAAGAAGGAAGGGAAGAACGUACGGAAGGCCGCGUCCGGCAUGGCAAUGGCGAAACUGCAACAGACACAGGCGACCAUAAUGGCCGGGCUCCAACAGCAAUAUCAGAAACAACGACAGCAUACCUAUCAUGUACAACAAGUCCAUCAGUUGCAACAACUCAAUCAACAAUUGCAACUUCAACUGGAUCAAGUGCAGAUACAACAACAAUCACAACAGCCGCAAUCUCAACCGCAACAACCUCAAUUGCAACCUCAUUUACAACAAAACGUAGUCGGCAAUAAUGCGAGCAACACCAUUACCACUCAACUGAUAUCACAUUUGCAUUCUACGCACCAUCAUCUGCAUAGCCAGCAAACAACGCCCGAAAACCUUUCCGAGCAAACGGAUCCUGAAUUAACGCGAAAGUACAGAGAAACUGCUUGCGCAUUUUUUACCGGUGCCCAGAAGUCUAAAAGCUUCUCCGCUAAUGACAGAAUGUUGAAAUUAGAAGACGGCACUGAUAUUCCUAUCGAUGACGCAUUUGAAAUUUUUCGCUCUCUCAGUUUUGACGAUGCAGUUGAUGCGACUGAAGAUCAAGAAAAACUCGAGCUGAAGAGAUUGGACGUAUCAGGUAGUAAGGAACCGCAACAGCAGCAACAACAGCAGCAGCAGCAGCAGUUGCAAACCACACGCAUACUUCAGCAAUGUGGUAGUCCCCGUCUGUCUCAAGAAUAUUUCACCACUCCCACUGGCGGCGUGUUGGCAAUACCAUCUGUCACCGUGCCGACCAUACCGGUGCAAGUAACCGGCGCAGGGGUUCAGAUAGAAACGGACAUAUCAGCGAGUUUACAACUGACGAAUACGCAAUCUCUGCAGAAUCCGUCGCUGAAGAAUCGUCUGAGAGCUUUCGAGGAGGGCUUUCGCCAAGGUAGCAUAGACUUUCGCGAGUGUAUACAGCGCAUGGGCAACGAUAGCUUCCAGCCUCAGUUGUUGCUCCAAUCGUCUCAGAUAACGUUUCCCACGCAAACGUUGCCAGCUGUGAGCGGGUCAACGGGAAUGAUCGACAACAUACCUCAUCAAUCGAGUGGUUACACACAAUCCUCAACCUGUAGCACCAAUCAGGUUCAGGUCGCUACCCAAACCCAAGCGCCAACUACAACGACCGCCGCGAGCGGACUCGCAACUUCGGACAAAAAGCAAGUGCAGUACACCGCGCCAACGACUGGCAAAGGAAAAAAGACCAGAUAUCCUCUUCUGACCCAGCAGCAAUCUUGUCAGCAACAACAAACUACUAAUGCUCAACAGACUCCCAAUUUCUCCACGCAGAACUAUCAACUGGAUCCAGCGACAGGUGUUCCAACAGUUGGAGGUUACGCUACAAAUCAAGUUCCACCCGCUCCGUAUUCGUGUUUAGACGUCGACUCGGCGACUGACAGUAAUCAUGAUACAGCUUUAACCUUAGCUUGUGCGGGGGGCCAUGAGGAUCUUGUCGAACUGCUUUUGAAUCGAGGUGCAAACAUCGAACAUAGAGAUAAAAAAGGGUUUACUCCGCUUAUUUUGGCCGCGACGGCUGGUCAUCAAAAAGUAGUAGAGAUACUACUCAAUCAUGGAGCUGACAUAGAAGCACAAUCUGAACGUACUAAGGAUACGCCAUUAUCUCUCGCGUGCAGCGGUGGUAGAUAUGAAGUAGUUGAACUUUUGCUGACUCGUGGAGCGAACAAGGAACAUCGCAACGUUUCAGAUUAUACUCCCCUAAGUCUCGCGGCAUCUGGCGGUUAUGUAAAUAUAAUUAAACUUCUUCUUAGCCAUGGUGCCGAAAUCAAUUCACGGACUGGUUCGAAAUUGGGAAUUUCGCCGCUUAUGCUUGCCGCUAUGAAUGGCCAUACAGCGGCAGUAAAAUUAUUGUUGGACAUGGGUAGUGAUAUCAACGCUCAAAUAGAAACCAAUCGCAACACUGCGUUAACUCUCGCUUGUUUCCAAGGACGGCACGAGGUUGUCAGUCUCCUACUUGAUCGUAAAGCCAACGUCGAACAUCGAGCUAAGACGGGUUUAACGCCGUUAAUGGAAGCUGCCAGUGGCGGAUACGUUGAGGUAGGCCGCGUAUUACUCACCAAAGGCGCGGAUGUCAACGCGACGCCUGUUCCAUCAUCUCGCGAUACCGCCCUCACUAUCGCUGCUGAUAAAGGACACUGCCGUUUUGUAGAACUCUUGUUAUCAAGAGGUACUCAGGUUGAGGUGAAGAACAAGAAAGGUAACAGUCCAUUAUGGUUGGCAGCGAAUGGUGGCCAUCUCAAUGUUGUAGAUUUACUAUUUCACGCGGGUGCAGAUAUCGACUCGCAAGAUAAUCGUAAGGUCUCUUGUUUAAUGGCUGCGUUUCGCAAGGGCCACAUCAAAGUGGUGAAAUGGAUGGUGAAUCACGUAACGCAAUUCCCGAGCGAUCAGGAGAUGACGAGGUAUAUAGCAACCGUGAGCGACAAGGAACUCCUGGAGAAGUGUCAGGAAUGCGUUAAGGUGAUAAGAGCAGCCAAGGAGACGCAGGCCGCUAAAGCGAACAAAAAUGCCACAAUAUUGCUAGAAGAACUGGAUAUGGAAAAGACAAGAGAGGAGUCGAAGAAAGCAGCUGCUGCCCGAAGACGAGAGCGAAAGAAAAAAAAGAAGCUCGAGAAAAAGGAGGAGAAACGUAAACUUCACGAGGAAUACAAGAAGAACGAGACGGUUUACGAGGAUAAGGAGGAAAGCGGGAAGAAAUCGGGCGACGAGGAGUGCGAUCGUGCGGACGAUAGCGAACACGAGGCCGGCGACGAGAGAAUGGAGAGCGUGCCGUCGCCCGUGAACAGAAGUCCGGAGGAUCCCGACAGGGAGGAAGGUGACAGUGGAAUAGAUGCCAACAGUCAGGGCAGUUGUAGCAGCAAUGACGUGAAAGCACGAGAGAAGAAAAAGGACAAGAAGAAAAAGAAGAGCAACAGUCCCAGUAAUAAUAAUGACAAAGACACGUCACCCCAACGUUCGCCCAAGACUCUUCUUGCACAAAACACGAAUUUGUCCCAGAAUUCGAUGACAUCAGCUAAAUCUCAGAACAACGCUUCAGAUAAGCGUAUUGUCACCAACGUUACGAGUUCAGUGUCGGUGUCGACAACUUCGGUCACGACAACAAGAACGUCCACCACCGUCAGUUCCGAACGAAAACUGAAGGGUCAGCUGGUGUUCGAAUCAUCGAGGCAUCCGGCUGACAGAGAAGAUUUUGAGGCAACCGGUAACGAGGCUUAUGUUCCCGGCAAAGGAAAGAAAUCUUAUGGCAAUCAGUACGAUGGAGACAAUCUCAAUACAUCGUCGAAGAUUAGUAACACCAGCCCGAAACAAAGCGGAAAGCGCGAAGAGGGAUGGAAAGAAGUUGUACGAAAGGGCCAAUCGGAUGAUUCAGGAAGAUUUAUGAAUUCCCCAUUCCGUUCUAAGAAGGUGUCCGUUCCUCCUAACGCUAUCAGCCGUGUGAUAGGUCGAGGUGGCAGUAAUAUAAACGCCAUUCGGGUCGCCACGGGUGCGCACAUCGAAGUGGAGAAGCAAAGUAAAUCGCAAGGAGAGAGAAUUAUAACGAUUAAAGGGUCAUCUGAGGCAACAAAGCAAGCGCAUUCAUUGAUAUCGUUACUUAUCAAAGAUCCAGAUGUGGAUCUAUUGCAAAUAAUUCCUAAAUCGAAGCUCAACGUCGUGACAACUUCCGUUUGGGAUAAGUCCGUUUCUACUGUUGCUGCAAGUAAGACAAAAGUUGGUUCUGUAAAUAAACUGCCUAAUCUGGCGUCAAGUACAACCAAUGUCCAAGUAAAAUCGGGAUAUCCAUCGAGCGUAUCUACCGUAAGUCAGUUGAUUCCUUUGCGUUCGUCGUCUACCAUUAAGCUUGCCGGGGCCUUUCCUUCCCCAAUGCCACGUGCGACAGCGCCCAGACUCGUGGCUGCAGCGGAGAAGCGUGCGCAAGCAGUAGCUGCCCAAAUGGCCUCCUCGUCGAACACCAAGACCACAAUGUCAUAUACGAGCGCGAUCAUGACCGCCGGUAGGACUGGGACGAAGAUCGUCACAACCAGCACGACGCAGACAUUUGCGGCGAAACUGUCCGAAAUCACUGCCUCUACUCACAGUUCCAACGUCAUGCAAUCCGCUCACAACGCGUCGAUGAACAAGCAACAGAAAUCCGUGGCGCAAGCCGCUACCGUGACUGUCAUGUCGGCCACAUCCACGGCGACCGCUCACCCAACCAGCCAGCAACAGCAAUCCGUAGUCACUACUUCGCCGAAACACUGCCGACCACUGCCUACUUUAUCUGCCCCGCCGACAAUGGCUCAUUUUUCCGGAAAGUCGAAUUACCCUCCUGGAACCAACGCGAUGUCGUCGUCGUCGGCGAUCACGAACACCGUGGCGGUGACGAACUGCCCGGAAAGCUCGACCGUCUCGACGUCAACCAGUUCCGUUCGCGUGACACCUUCGCCACCUAUCGCGCCGUCUCAGACACAAACGUUGCCGCCACCUGCUGCGCCGUUGGCGCAGCAACAACAGCAAUCGACGCAACAGCAGCAGCAGCAAUCGCAACAAGCUGCGCGCAGCACGACCCCGGUCUUGAUGCAGGAGCAACAGCAACAACAACAACAACAGCAGCAGCAACAGCAGCAGCAACAACAACAACCGACCUCUACGCCUUUAGAAUACUCGUUGUUUAACGAUACUUUUACCAAGGUCACGCAACAGUCUAUGUGGGGGGGAAGAGAAAGCGAAACUCAGAAGGGUUUGAAUUUCGCAACUGUUGCUGGCGGUGGUGUAUCGUCAAACGCGGGAUCGGGCUCAACCACAGCUAAAUUUGACAGUUCCCCACCGCAGGUCGAUGCGUCUAAAGCUCCGGGAUAUCGUGGAACGGCAAUGUGUUCUCCGGUUUCGAGCAAACAGGGUGUCACGAGUAACGCGUCGACCAACGUGAUCAGCAGCGCUGUAUCGUGCUCUGGUCACAACAAUUCUAUACAGACCCAUUAUCAACAAUCAACUAGCUACAAUGAGCAUCCUUUGCCGAACAAACCGUCUGGCAAUCUAGCCGUGGCUAGACCGGUGAUGUCUCAACAGAGUAUCGACAUGAGCACGGCCAUGACAAAUCAAUUCAACAGGCCAGCAGUCUAUCAGGGCGACCUGACAUCACGUAACACGACGACGCACCAACAGCCGGCGCACGUGAUACCCACGUCGCAGCCGACCUUGGACGUCGGUCUGUUCAAGGCUGCUAACAGCGGUGGUGGUUACGAGCAUCCGAACGUAAACUCUAACUUGUUGAAGAUGGUGCCGAACGACAGUCAGGGCAACACUGGACAUGCCCUACUACCGUUCCAUCCUCACAUUCAGAGUUAUUCUCAAACUAUUGCUCCAUCUGGUUCUCCUGUGAUUAGCACCACCGUUAGUAUGUCACGAUUGAAUCCCCGUGCUCCCGAUUUCUCAAGUUCGUUGCAUCUAAACAACAAGCCUCAAGUAACAAUGUUCAAUGCUGCUGCCGGAUCGACGGGUUUGCAUCCGGCUAAUAUGUUUGCCGCCACCGUGCCAGCUCCACCACCGUCCGCGAUACAGUCUAACAAUCUGGCGAUGCUCGGAAACUUUCCUCUAGGAAAGUAUCAAGCACCAUCGCGGGCAACGCCCGCUGCCAAUACCGGUAUCUCAACAACGGCUCAGACGACACGGUGGCCGUUUGCCACACCAGCACCUCAUACUAGUUACCCGCCGCAUCAAGACCCGAUAAUGAGUCAAAUAGGAUUUUCGAGUCAUUUGACUACUAUCGGACAGCCAGGCGGUAGCAUCGAUCUGAUCACUAGUCUGAGCGAGGUCAAUGGUGGCGGUGGCGGCGGUGGCGGCUCACCGUCCAUGUCGCCUUCAUCACCCGCGCAAGUUGCUCAAGAAAUGAGUCAGCUGAAGCUCGAGGAUCGCAAAGUAGUACCUCGACCAAUUGGCACGGAAAGGGCGACAUGGAAAAAUUAUUCGGCCGCGGGCAUGGGUCCGGGCGGAGACGCCGAUUCCAUCAGUUGGAUGUUGACCGACAACAAGGUAAACUGGUCAACUAAUUGCAGUUUGGCGCCCGGUAUCGACAGGCAUCAGAUGUUCCGAUCAAAUCCCACGUACAAUCAACGUAUGUCCAACGUCGAUCCCGAGCUUCAUCAGAUGAUGGAAUCUUCCUUUCAGGGUCAUGUAGACACUCAACAGCCGUUCCCGGCUAACGGCAAUGCCGCGGCUUUAUCGCUCAUACCAGGAUUGACGUUAUUGCCGGGACAGUUUGGGGCGCCUGGCCUUGCGGAAAUUCCGCCAGCUGAGCCUAACAAGAUGGAUCCACCCGCGUGGGCAAUAUCCGAUGCAGUGCCGGACAAACAACAUCCCCCGUGGAACAAGCCGUGGACGAGUCAUUAAAAAAAGAUCCGAUUACGUGGACACGACCUCAACCUCCCAAUGUGACGAAAAUUCAUUUAAAAUUCGUAGUAAUCGAUACGUCAAAAAAAA